ACUGAGCACGGUAACCUGUACUACUGCCUAUGGACUGCCCAAUUUGUUAUCAGGCCAUUUCUCUAGAAGACGAGGCGUACGUUGGCUCUUGUUACCAUCGGUUCUGCCACACGUGCAUUAGCGAAUGGACAAGUCAGCAACGCCGGCAUCCAAUCCCUGGCAGUUUUGGACAGGACGGUGGACGCCCGGACUAUAGAUGCCCCAUGUGUAAGCAACAGUACACCUACAUCCUCUACGACUGCGUCCUCAACUCCUUUCGGGUCGAAUACGUAGACGCGGAGGCUAAGCAGCGGGGCUGCGGGGGUACUGGGGCAGGCUUCGCGCUCUCAGCUGCGCACCGGCGACGCAGAGCCCUCUACAUCAGGCCGCCUUCCAACCAGCAGCCACGAGAACAACAGCCACCGCACCAGGAGGAGCAGCAAGGCAGCCAGCCGGGGGGUGAGCAACGCACGUUGCAGCAGCAGCAACAACAAGAGCAGCAGCAACAACAAGAGCAGCAGCCACAACCCGCCGCGCCGUCGCAACCGCAGCCAGCGAGGGAGGGCUCCCUACCCAGGCCCCCGGCUGCCAGCGGGCUCCCAACCCAGCGAGACCGGGAGGAGUCGGGGCCGGCACGGGGCGGAGUCCGGCCCGCAUCAGGGGCCCCGGUGCGGCGGGCAGAUGACCCGCAGCUCGGGGCCUUUGUGACGCGGGAGUUACAGGCCGUGCUGUUGCAGGAGGACGUGGGGCUUGUGUCGCAGCACGUGCUGGGAGUGCUGCAGGGCGUGCUGGGCAGGAGCGGAGGGGCUGCUGGCGGCAGCGGCGUAGUUGGCGGCCGCCCGGGCCGGCAUGGUGUUACGAGGUUUGUACCACAAGCCAAGCGUCUGCGCAUGGCGCCGCCGAGUCUGCCGCCCCAGCAGGAAUUCGAAGCUGCAGUCUCAAGAGAAGCGGCAUGUUUCCUACAGCGGGACAGUGACAUCUUUGCAACGCAGCUUUUCAUGUUUCUUGCCAGUGGCUUAAGCGUGCGUGCAUACGAUGCACUCUUGUUUGGGCCUGAAAAGGCAGGAGGCCAGGUGGGCACCUCGAGGGUCACAGAGGACGCAGCAUCCUUGCAAAGUGGAAGGGGAUUCCAACCUCCAGUUGCUGCUAAAAGGAUUGCCGUUGACCAAGCAAAUGAAAGCAGCGAUAAUGAUGACGAUGCAGGCGGAGACGAUUUUGCUGACUGGUGAGGUCUUGACUAUUGCGGUGGUUUCACAGGAGGCUCCACUAAGCCGUACCUGCUUCGCCACUUACCUGGAACCUGGCUUCUGCAAGGCAUUGCGACGUGUAUGCUUUACUAAAGAUUAGGGGCUAUUGUUAUACAGGUUUUGUUCCGUGCAGAAGCUUUUGUUGACUUUCAAACUGCAGAAUGGUAUGAAAAUGUCCGAACAACAGCCGUCGCACAUUCUCCACAAGUCCAAUGCCCAUAGCGCCACCCUUACUGGAAUGAGUCCUAAUAAGCGUUACGUUGCACCAGCUGCUCAAGAGGCAGGCGGCCAUGUUGCAAGCAUCAUCGAACGGCUUGCUACAAAGGAGAACAACCAGCCAGGUUCCGAGGCCCACGCAAAGAGCUUCUUUGUUAAGGACAGACAGCCUGCUCGGAGCAUCCUUCGAAAGCCUGAAGAUGUCGCUUCUCUGGAGGCAUUACAGGACAAAAUGACCACUUUGGCUGGCGACCUGCAAACCUUCAAGUCGCAACCUCAGACAUCGCGUCGGGACUCCUUAAAUGGAAGAGCAGGCCUCUUAGCUCCGGCUGCAAAUGCACCGACCCCUCCGAGGUACCCAGAGGCUCUGGCCGCAAGCUUGCAGCCUGCACAUCGCGCUCCUUAUCAACUGCCACACAACAGACACGAGGCCCAACCUACGCAACAGCUCAUAUCAGCCUUCCCUGAUACCAGCAGCAAUCAUGAUGAUGACGGGGGCCUAGGUUGCCACAGUGAGGGACCUGCUGACGACGUUAUCAGCAUACCGGCAGGCGCCAUCGGCACAUCAAAAGCCGCAAAGACCGCGGCUGAGACCUUCGACUUGGGCAUUAAGCAGAUCAUGAACGAGGUCCUCACCAGGCAGCUGAAGCGCACCAAGCACGGCGCAACAGAGCAGUCACGGAUUGGCGAGCUUGCGGAUCUGGUGAAGAGCCUUCGCAAAUGCGUCAAGGAGCUGGGGUCGCGGAUAACGAUGUACAUUGACAUGAUGACCAAGGUCGAGCGGGAGGGCGCUCAGCAGGUGGAGGCGGCUCAGCUUGCCGCGCAAUCAAUGUGCAAGAAGUUAGAGGUUGAGGUCGCAACUGUCCGGCUGAACCUUGCGCAAUGUGAGCGCGAGUCCAGGGAAGACAAGGCCAAGCUUGGCUUCGACCUUGAGACCGUGCGCGCAGAGGUGUCUCGGCUGUCACGCGAGCUGGAGCGGGUCACGGAGGAACGCGACAGGGCACGUGACGACGCGAAGCGCGCCGAGCAGCAACGGCAGCAGCUGGACUCCGAGCUAAAGGAGCUGCGCAAGACCUCGCAUCAACAAAUGCGCGAGGCAUCGGUUACCCAGAGCGAGGCCGUUCGCUUACUGACGGAGGACAAGAUCGCCGCUGACGGCAAAAUCGCCGGCCUUCAGGAGAAGAUCGAGCGGCUCGACAAGACGAGGAUAUUGCAAGACAAAGCCCUGAAAGAGUCGGAAGAGGAGGCGCAGCUGCUGGGUGCCCAGGUCGACCGCCUGACCGGCGCUCUGUCCGCUAAGGAAGCGACGUCGGCUAUGCAGCAGGAGCAGAUUGACAAGCUGCGAGCGGAGCUAAGUUCGAAGCGAGAGCAGGUGGCGUCGCUGAUGGAAAAUGACCAACAGCUGCAGCUAGAGCUGGCCCGCAUCAAGCAGGACCGCGAGGAGCUGGCAGCGAUGCUGGAGCAGCAGUCAGUGGAGCUGGAGGCACACCGUGUGAAGCUGAGCGCGGUCGAGCGCCGUGCCGCUGAAGACAAGGCGGAGUGGGAGGCCAAGCGCAUCGAGCUGGAGGCAUCGGUGACGGUGCUUACGGCCGACCGUGCUACGCUCAACGACAACCUUGCACUGGUCAAGAGUGCACUAGCCGCAGCCAUAGUUAAGGCAGACACGGCGGAGGCUCGAGCCGCAGAGGAGGCGACGGAGCGGGCGGCGCUGCUACGUGAGCGUAUUGACUUUGAGAACCAAAUCGAGCUGGCUGAGAGCCGCUGCACACAGCUCGAUCAGGCGGCAGCGGCGGCACGCGAGAGGAUGGAGGCUUUGGAGGCUGAACUAUCCGCCAGCCGGCAGCAGCACGAGGCAAAGGACGAGCGCAUCGCACACCUCGAGGGCGAGUUUAGCGCGCUCAAGGAGGUGCUUGGCGAGUCUGCGAGCGCCGCUGGUGAAACUGGCAUGGACAUCGUGACGAAGCUGCUAUCCAAGAUCGCAAC